CCCACCGCCGUCAGUGCCGUCAAUCAGUCCCACGGCCCCGCCCAACGUCGCAUUCCCGGUUGACCGGCGCCCCAGGAGGCGGGACCGGAAGUGAGGGGGCGGGGCCGCCAUGUCCGCGCUGCUCGCCGCCCUCCGGGCCACCGUCCUGGCCUACGCCGUGGGCGCCGCCGUCCUCUUCCGGCAGCUGCUGCGGCGCCUGCGCGGGGGCUUCCGGCCGCCGGAGCUCCGCCCCCAGCCCGGCCGCGUCGCCAUCGUCACGGGCGGCACCGACGGCAUCGGCCGCGCCACCGCCACGCAGCUGGCGGCACUGGGCAUGGGCGUGGUCAUCGCCGCCAACGACGAGGCCAAAGGUCAGGAGGUCGCGGCCCAGAUCCGGGCGGAGACGGAGAACGAGAACGUGCGCUUCCUGCCCCUGGACCUCGCCUCCCUGGCCUCCGUGCGGAAGUUCGCGCGCGACUUCCUGUCCCUGGGGCUCCCGCUGCACGCGCUGGUGAACAACGCGGGCGUGAUGCUGGCGGCGCCGGGCGCGACCCCCGACGGCUUCGAGCCGCACCUGGGCGUGAACUUCCUGGGCCACUUCCUGCUCACGCGGCUGCUGCUGGGGCGGCUGCGGGCGUCGGCUUCGCGGGGUCGGAGGUCGCGCGUGGUGACCCUGGCCUCGGCCACGCACUACGUGGGGCGGAUCCGCCCCGAGGACGUCGGGCGGGGCAGCCCCGCCCCGCCCGCCCACGCCGCCUACGCCCGCAGCAAGCUGGCCCUGGUGCUGUUCGCGCGGCGGCUGCAGCGGCUCCUGGCGGCCCGGGGCGACCCCGUGACCUCGGGCGUGGCCGACCCGGGCGUGGCGGACACCGCCCUCUUCCGGAACGCGGGGUGGGGCCUGCGUGCGGCCCGGGCGCUGCUGGGCGGGGCCGCGUUCAAGACCCCCGAGGAGGGGGCGUGGACCUCGGUGCUCCUGGCCGCCGCCCCGGCCCCGCCCUGCGGCUACGUGGUGGACGAGGCCCCGGCCACGCCCCUCGCGCUCACCGGGGAGGCGGGGCUGCAGGACGCGGUGUGGGCGGCGGCCGAGCGCGCGGUGGGCGGGGCCGGCGAGGAGGAGGCGUGGCCGGAGCCGCCGCCCGGAUGGAGCCACGCCCAGGAGGACGCAGAGACGGAGCCACGCCCACGGGAGCCACGCCCACGGGAGCCACGCCCACGCCCUUGACGUGACGGAUGCGGAGCCACGCCCACGGGAGCCACGCCCACGCCCUUGACGUGACGGAUGCGGAGCCACGCCCACCGAUGCUGCGGCCACGCCCCGGAAGUCACCACGCCCACCACAGCCUUGGCCACGCCCUGUGACCACGCCCACAGCAGACUGGACCCCGCCCACGCCCUGCGGCCCCACCCAGGGCCCCAACUUCCUGUUAUGAGGGCGGCGGCCACGCCUUUCCGCGGAGCCCCGCCCCCGCCGCUCCCAAACCACGCCCACUUCUGCGUCUCCCAAUGGAGAAAGGCGUCCGGGGUUGUGAUGUCAUCACUGGGGCGGGGCUGCGGGGGUGGGCGGGGUUUGUGAGGCCCGGAGGCGUGGCCGAAGCUAAGCCACGCCCCCUUUGUCUGGGAAACCACGCCCACUUUUCUACAUUACAAUUCGUAGGCGCUUACAUACAUGUGUGUACGUGUGCUUAUGUGAUCAUCUGCAUUCGUGUGUUCGCAUGUGUUCUACCCAUGUCUGUGCGCGCGCGUUUGCCUGUGUGCGUGUGUUCACGUGUCCUCGUGUAUGUUCACAUGUUUAUGUGAUGUGUUUGCACGUGCAUGGGUUCUGUGUGCCGGAACAUGUGUGCACAUGCGUGUUUCCGUUUGUAAGUGUGUGUCCCCAUACCCCCGUCCUCCCGUGAGCCCCGCUGACGGGGGAUGUGUGUGCUUUGUGUGUGUGCGCACAUGUAUGAACACGCAUGUGUUCCUGGGUUUCCAGCCGUUUCUGUGUCUGGGAGUUUCCUGGCCGUCUCAGGACACACACGGUUUCCUGUGCACGUAUGUGUCCGCGUGUGUGGUGCUUGUGGCGACGGGAACACGCUACAUGCGAUUUCCACGUGUGGAAGAAACGAUCAAUAAAUGUGAAACCAGA